GAGUAUAAAACGCAGGAAGAAAACUGCCAAGCUGACAGUCUUCCAUACUCAUUCUUUCUCACAAACACACUCUCUUAUAGCAAUGAACACACUGUUGUGGGUUUUCCUGCUGUGUAUGCAGGGCUACCUGCUAACAUACGCUCUAGACUGUGCAGAUGGGGGCAUGGAUUGUGACAGUGGCCAGGUCGAAAGGGUAAAGUCAAGGGUUUUGAGGCACACAAACCCAGACCAUGAGAGGGGAGCUCACCAGAGCCAAGCAAACCUACCAGGAGCCUUUACAGCCAAGGGCAGCCCCAACACUCUAAUUCAGGCUGACAGAUCACGGCGUCAUCUGAACAGCAAUAAGAAGAGACCAUUGCCUCCUAGGUCACGAGUGGGCAGUUAUUCACUGCUCAGUCACAACCCUAUGAGUCCUCUGCCAGUAGUGAGAGCUCGAAGGCAUGCUGGAGAUGCUGCUGCUGAUCCGGCCAUACCUUCUACAAUGACAGUGAAGCAGAGGCCCAGGAGAAGUGCAACCAGGAAGAAGAAGAACACAAAAGCUGCAGUCUGCUCAUGAAGUGGGACAUUUGUAGUGAAAAAGUCAAAAACAAUCCAAAAGCAAAUACAGCGAUGCACAUAUUAAGGUCAUCUAUAUUUAGUCCAUCUGUUCACUUACAUGCUGUCAUUUAAGGUGUUUCUUGAAGGUUUUUUAUGCUUCAAGGUAAAAAUAGUUGUGAUGUUAUUUAAAAGUCAGUUUUUGAUUAUCAUCACAGUAACUCCUAUCACUGUCCGUAAUCUGGCUUCUAUAAGGUUUAUUGUUGUCAAAUUUUUAAGGUUUUGUCCUAGGCAAAUGUCUAAAUUGGACUACUUCACUGUCAUCCUUAAGGUAUUACUGUGUAUAUUGUUUGGAAAAUAUCAGCGAUCCACUGAUCAAAUGGUAAAAUACAAGAAAACACAAACAUUCAUACAGGGAAAAAAAAAGCUCAGCAUUUAUAGGACACUGGAAGAGAUCAAGUACUCAUUUACUAUUUUAUAGUGCGUAAGUUUUUUUUUUUGCAGAAUUUGGGCCUGUUGAUCUGCAAAUGCAGAAGAUAUUUUUGUGUAGAACAUAUUAAUAAGCGCAACUCAAACCUCCACAAUGUCGGGCUGUAGCAAUCAAAUACCCAGCUUAAAGCAAUUAUAGUCCUGUAUAUUUAACUGAAAGUGUUUUUUUUUUUUAUUCAAUUUUAUUAAACCUUUAUAAAAAAGAUUCUUUGUUCUUCUAAUAUACUAAAUUAUACAAGUCUAUACAGAGUACUUUUCAAGAAUAUUUUCUGGUCUGGUGUCAGUUUCUGAUUAAAGUUACUGCUGAUUAAACAUUCAUUAUAUCAAACUUCAAACAGUGAGAGAUGAUGUAUUAAAGUUGUCAGUCAUUUGGUGUUCA